AUGGAAAAAGCUGACCAGGAAAACCAGACUUUGGUGUCUGUGUUUGUGGUUGUUGGCUUAUCGGAAGAUACAGAACCUCAGCUUUUCCUCUUCUUGGUCUUCCUCUGCAUCUAUCUCAUCACUGUCAUUGGUAACCUACUCAUCCUUUCUGUCAUCUCCUCCAGCCAUCGACUACACACACCAAUGUACUUCUUCUUAGCCAACCUGUCCAUCAUUGACAUCAUCUUUUCUUCUGUUACUGUUCCCAAACUUCUCUUUAUUUUAGCCACUGCCCGGAAGACUAUCUCUUUCUCUGGCUGCGUCACCCAGCUCUCAUUCUUUCAGUUCUUUGUGGUAGCUGAAUGUUAUCUUCUAGCGGUCAUGGCUUAUGACCGAUAUGUGGCUAUCUGCUUCCCUCUGAACUAUAUGCUUAUCAUAAGCAAGGAGGUCCGCAUCCGGAUGGUCAUUGCCUGCUGGGCCUGUGGACUUGUCAACUCGCUGACUCAAGCCAUCUCCAUCUUACACCUUAACUUCUGUGGUCCCAAUAAAGUGGACCACUUUUUCUGUGAUGUCACUCCUCUCUUCAAAUUGUCUUGUUCUGACCCGCGGCUUGGGGAGGCUGUGUUUUUAAUAGUGGUGGUUUUAGCAGGUGUGGGGCCAUUGACUUUUAUUCUGGUGACCUAUGGUCGAAUUAUUGCCGCAGUUUCCAAAAUUAGCACCAGUAAAGGACGUCUUAAAACUUUCUCUACUUGUGCUUCUCACUUCACAGUGGUGGCACUCUAUUACGGCAGUGGCAUCUUCAGCUACAUCUGGCCAUCCUUAAGUAAGGAUGUUAAGAUGGUGGCCGUACUGUACACGAUCAUGACCCCAAUGUUGAACCCAAUAAUUUAUAGCCUGAGAAACAGAGAAGUAAAACAGGCAUCUUCUUUACUUAUUUCCGUCCAUCUUCCUCAGAUUCAUUGGAAGAAAACAGAUCAGUGA